CCGUAAGAAACCGGUGCACCGGGCCAACUCCACCCACUUUUAUCUCAGCGUUCGACCAAAACCAGAGCGUUUGAAUCCGCACGUUAGGGUUUCGGGGAGGAGGAGAUCAAGAAUGCCAUCACAGCAGCGGCCCACCCCGGCUUCCAGGGUGGGGCGGGACGCCGUCGCCCGCGCGGUGGACGCCCUUCUCAAGUGGCUCCUCCGCUCCUCCAACACGAAGCGCCGCCUCCACGACGAAGCCGAAGACGACUUCGUUUACCUGGUCCUCACGCUCAAGAAGAUCCCCCACCGCGGUCGCCCCUUCGCCUUCCGCGUCCCCCUCCCCCGCUCCCCCCACUCCUCCGCCUGCCUCCUCGUCGACGACCGCCCCAAGUCCGCCCUCUCCUCCGCCGCUGCCCGCGCCCAAGUCCGCGAUCUCGCACUCCCCGUUUCCAACGUUCUGGGCCUCUCCGAGCUCCGCUCCCUCUGCCGCUCCCCCGAGGCUCGCCGCUCCCUCGCGGACUCCCACGACCUCUUCCUCGCCGACAGCCGCCUCGCCCCCCUCUUCCCUUCCCUCCUCGGUAACCUCUUCUUCAGCAAGAAGAAGAAGAAGAAGAAGAGCAAAAACAAGACCCCCGUGCCGCUCGACCUCGCCCUCCGCUCGUUGCCGGAGGAGCUCCGGCGGGUAUGCGGGUCGACGCUGUUCCAUCUGGGGCCGGGCACUUGUAGCCUGGGCAAGGUGGGUCGGGCUUCCCUGGGGAGGGAUGAGGUCAUCGACAACGUGUUGGCCGCGAUCGAGGGCGUCGUCGGGCACGUGCCGAAUAAGUGGAAGAACGUGAAGUGCCUUCAUCUGAAAGCGACCGCGUCGUUGGCAUUGCCCCUCUACCGGGCGACGCAGUUCGGUAUCAGAACUGAGGGUUCCGACGAUGAGAAGGAGGAGGAGGAGGAAGAACGAGGUGCCGAAGAUGAGCACGAACAAGAUGAGGGUGCGCUCGAUGUCAUCGGCGAUGAGCAAAACAGGAAGAAGAGGACCAAGAACAAAUCAGAGAAGACGAAGACCAACGAUGCGUCGGCGAUCAAGAGAAGGAAGGUUAAACAUGGCACCGAGUGAUCGAAUUGAUUGACAGACUUGGAGUCCAAGUGAAUUCAACAUAUGAUCAUCAGAGUUUGUACUGAUCCAGGUUGGUUGUUCUUGUCAAUCCCUGCUCUUUCUUUCCAUUGUGAUCAUUUCACUGCUCAGUUUGGCUUGCAUGUGCGAGUAGAGUAAUCUUGCCUUCUUCUCUUCAUGAGAGAGCCUUACAGCUAGUUUAGAAUCUUGUGAAAUGCAAGUUCCUAACGAGCUACAUUUAUUUUGGUUGUUCACUUCAACAUCAUCUUUCUGGUUCGAUAUGAAUGAAUUAUAAGUGAUUUGCAAGUUAA